AUGCCACCAGACCGGGGUCGCGCCUCUCGAGCGUGCGCCUCAUGCAGGAAGCAGAAGACCCGCUGCUACGAGCCAGGUAUCCCUGGGCGGGCCUGUCUGCGAUGCGAACGGCUGCGGCAAAAAUGCUCUCUAUUCCAGGCCGAGGAGACCGAUGAAGAGCCACAGCAGCAGCAUAUGGCUGCGUCUACGCCUGGCACUGAUGCGCGCUUGGAGCGGCUGGAGAAAACAGUGGCCACACUGCUGGACCGACUCGGGGAGGGCCCGUUGAGUGCGGAGCACGAGUCAAGCAGGCCUACCAGCGCGCUGACAACCCCGGACCCUGGCGAUCCAAAGUACAAGGACACGGAGACUUCCGCAGCCCCGAUCAUGGUGAUCCGCGAUCUGGCCAAUGACACGGGGAUCAAACCAUCUCCAGACACCAAGUCUCUGGGGAUGGUGCUGGACAAUCUCAUCGCGCCAGAUCUUGCGUUGACCCUGCUCUCGAUAUUUCUCGAGUACUAUGGCCGCUGGAUCAUUUUUGAUCCCGAGGGCGAUCCAGUCGCGCUUUUACCCCGCGUACGGCGAUCCCCGAUUCUUUUCUGCGCGUGCUGCUUAAUUGCGGUGCGGCAUACCUCGGAGGGGCUGGCUGCAAGUCUGGCUCCGAAGCUGUAUGAAUGUGUUCGAUCUUUGGUGUCAAGCAUGCUCUUGACGGCGCCGCAAUCUAUCGAUUUCUUUCAAGCAACUCUCAUUCUAUGCAUGUGGUCAACAACCGUGGGGCAGGUCCCCUUAAGUAUCGACAGCUGGCUCCUCAGUGGAUUUGCCCUGCAGCAUUCCCAAUCUAGCUCGUUGUUUGCCGCGAUUACGAGUCAGUCUCAGCCGCAUACCAAGAUGGAUGAGAAAACAUUGGAUCAUUUUUGCCUAUGGAAUCAUCUAUGUCUUGCUCACCUGCACUACUGCGUUGGGACUAGCCGUAGGUCCAUGUUGCAGGCUUGGCAGAUCGAACGCUGUCGGGCUAUUGUCGAAUCUGACCACGCUAUUAAUUUUGAAGUGCGCAUGGUCGCUGAGAUCCAUCUUUACUGGACGGUCUACGAGCAUCUAAUCGAAGACUACGUGGAUCUUCUCAAGUCGGUAGCAGCCUUGCAAACGUGGAGGAGGAAAUGGGAAUUUGUUCUCGAGCAACCGAGAUCCCAAUUCCUCUUGAUGGGCUUUCAUUUUUCAAAUCUUCUCCUAUAUGAGCAUGCCCUAAAAUCGAAAUCCUCUCGAGCUCGGGAGUCUGUUGUUUCAGAGAUGAUCCGUCACUCAACUGCUAUUGUUCAUCUAGCGAUGGACACGGUGGAUGAACGGACACGUCAUUUGAGUGACCAUAUCUACCACAUGAUAACCUUCGCUGCGAUCAUCAUCUGCCGCUUGCUGAAUAGCUACGAAACUCAGCUAGGCCUGACACACAACAUUGCAGAGCUCGACUCUCUGAUUUAUAGUCUUGUGCAGUGGCUUCACUGUAUUGGAUUACCAUGCCAUGCGGCACACACGUUGGGCAACAUCAUCGCCAAGGUGCAUCAGAGGCUGCGACCUCGCGUGGAGGCAGUACCGUUCGCUGCACCUACUGAUGACUUCCCUCCUGAAGAAAGCUUUACCAAUUAUUACUUCCCCGAGUUUCUGGGGCUGGGAACAUCCGCUGACGGGAAUUGGGAUCUGCUGUCAGAUCUAAGCUUUUUCCCACCCAGUCCGACUAAGUCAUGA